UCACAUUCCUUGACAACACAUGCACUUCGUUCCAGCACUCUCUCAUUCUCAAAUCUCAAAGCUCUCAAAACAUAGAAUAUCUCUAUAUACAUAUAUCUCCCUUCCUCCUUAAUUUGUCAAUUUAUUCCCUAUCGCGUUUAUCUUCUCUUCUCACAUUAUGGAAAGUCCAAAAACGCCUUUGCAACCGCCAACUUAUGGUAACCUAAUAACUGUUCUGAGCAUUGAUGGUGGUGGAAUUAGAGGAAUUAUCCCAGCAAUCGUCCUUGCCUUCUUAGAGUCCGAGCUUCAGAAAAUCGAUGGUAAGGAAGCAAGACUAGCAGACUAUUUCGAUGUAAUUGCAGGGACUAGCACUGGCGGCCUCGUGACCGCCAUGUUAACGACCCCAAAUGAGCAGAAUCGCCCUCUAUUUGCUGCCAAGGAUAUCAAGGACUUUUAUCUAACUCACUGCACUAAAAUUUUUCCCCAAGAUAGUUGUCCCUUUGCUCCGGCUACAAAGCUGCUCAAAUCUCUAGCUGGACCCAAAUAUGAUGGUAAAUAUCUACAUAACCUUGUGAAGGAGAAGUUAGGAGAUAAAAGAUUGCACCAGACGUUGACAAAUGUUGUGAUUCCAACUUUUGAUAUCAGAAAACUCCAACCAAUCAUCUUCUCUAGCUAUGAGGUGGAGAAAAAUCCGAGCAUUGAUGCCUUAAUUUCUGAUAUCUGCAUUGGAACAUCAGCUGCUCCAACCUAUCUUCCAGCGCAUUACUUUGAAACCAAAGAUUCCACAGGGAAAGUGAGGCCAUUUCAUCUUGUGGAUGGUGGUGUGGCUGCUAAUAAUCCGACUUUAGUUGCAAUCAGUGAAGUGACCAAAGAAAUCACCCGGGGACGUUCCGAUUUCUUUCCCAUUAAGCCGACGGACUAUGGCCGGUUUCUGGUUAUAUCAAUAGGGACCGGAUGGCCAAAGACAGAGGAGAAGUACCAUGCUCUUAAAGCGGCUAAGUGGGGAGUUUUGGGGUGGUUAAUAAGUGAAGGUUCAACGCCAUUGGUCGAUGUAUUUACCCAAUCCAGCAGCGACAUGGUUGACUUUCACAUUUCUACAGUUUUUAAAGCCCUUCAUUCUGAAGAAAGUUAUCUACGAAUUCAGGAUGAUACUCUAAUUGGAGAAGAGUCUUCUGUGGAUAUUGCCACCAAAUCAAACUUGGAGAAUCUCGUAAAAAUUGGUGAAAGACUGUUGAAGAAACCAAUUGCAAAGGUGAAUCUUGAGACAGGCGUCUGCGAGCCUUCUACUUGGGGUACAAAUGAAAAGGCUCUCAAAAGAGUAGCACAAGUACUUUCAAAGGAAAAGAGGACUCGUGACAUGAGAUCACCACAUGGCCGAAGGGGUGCAAGCAAGAAAUAAUGAACGACAGUUUGAACCAAAUAAUAAUAAUGUUCUUUUUUUUUUAUCUCAGUCCCAUAAAUUCAUUGCCUAAGGCUGAUUAUUAUUCUUGUCACUAAUUAUUCUUUCUCUUGUAAGAUACAAACGAAAUGUAGUACUAUUUUCUAGCACAUGCGAUUCAAUAUAAAAUUCGUUCUGUCA